GUGAGGUACAGAGUACCUGUCGUUACUACUUGCCAGGACUUGGACCAGUGCACCAGCUCAUUCAUUACCUAUCGAAUCUUCCACCACCUGCGUCUUCCGCAGCAUCUCGCCCUGAAUCAACUUUCGAGACUGCCCCCUCGUGUACCAUUAUCCCACUGAAGUUGGCAACCCUCGAUCCCUAUCCGCGGGCACUUCCUUUCACAUCAACUACGAGUGCCAGCGUCAGCUAUUUACCCAUCGUACCUACCUUAGCUCCCCUUACCUCAUCGACACCUCGUAGCUUUUGUGCUAUCCUCAUCGCGUCGAUAAACCUCCUUACGCGCCAACACACCGACACGUAUGGAUAGCUAGCCCUCGUCCUAUUCAGAAACCAUGUCUACCAGAUACGCACUCGUUUCUCUGCCGCUCGGCAUCUUCGACUCCAGCGACAAGGAAGACGCCAUUGCCUCCCUGAACGCUACCAUUUCGCCCGAGAAUGGCAGCGUACGCCCUUUCAACAUACCUGAUUUCAAAAUCGGUACUUUGGAUGCGUUGGUUCAGCAAGCCGAUGACCUCGCUAAACUGGAGUCUACCUGCGAGGCCGUCGUAGCGAAGGUCGCUGACUCCUUGAAGUCAAUCCUCGACGGCGACGAGGACAAGAUCUCCCAGCAAAAGAUGGUCAACGACAAGCCUACCGAUCAAUACGUCAGUUCCUUCUCCUGGAACAGGGUCCGAUACCGAGCCGACAAGCCUCUGAGCGAACUUGUCGAUACUCUACAAAAGGAGCUCAUCACUACCGACAACGAUGUCAAGAGCAAGUUCAAUCAGUAUAACUCGGUUAAGACAAACUUCGCCACGCUGCAGCGCAAACAGACUGGCAACCUGGCAACUAAGUCCCUCACCCCUGUUGUUGAUCCAGCAUUGCUCAUCCAACAUUCGGAAUAUCUGGAGACGCAUCUGAUCGUCGUGCCAAACAACGCGAAGAAAGAUUUCUUGAGAAGCUAUGAAACGUUGGCACCGAUGGUCGUCCCCCGUUCUGCCGUACAAGUUGCCUCUGACGACGAGUUCACCUUAUUUGCGGUUACAGCGUUCAAGAAACACAGUGCCGAAUUUCUACAAAAGUGUCGCGAGCAAAAAUGGACCCCGCGUCAGUACAAGUACGUCGAAGGCGGCAAAGAGGAGGAGCAACGCGAGCUGGACCGGGUGGCUCGCGAAGAGAAGAAGACAUGGGGCGAGGCUCUGAGAAUUGGCCGGACUGGCUGGAGCGAGAGCGUCAUGAUCUGGCUGCACGUGCUCGCACUGCGCGUAUUCGUCGAAGCAGUCCUUCGCUACGGACUCCCACUUGACUACGUCAGUGUCCUUAUCAAGACAAAUUCGAAGUUGGUCAAGAAGGUCAAAACUGCACUUGACUCUAACUACUCGUAUCUGGGAGGUAAUGCUUUUGGGAGAGAUAAGCGCGGCAAGAUCACCAAAGAUGACGCCACAUUGUCAUCCGAGAUGGCGGCAGCCGGCCUAGGCGGAGGCGAGGGCCAUGAGUACACGGCAUAUGUGUACUACGAGUUCGACUUCCCCUAAGCGCAUUACACUGGGGUGAUGUGAUGGAGACAAGAGGCCCGGCACUCGCACCUGUAUGUAUGCACCGAGCACCUAGGGGAUGGAUCUGGGAGACAAUGGAACCAUAAGUAGAAUGGGCUUAGGCUGGUUCUACUUUAACAGGUUCGAACGGUGGGCGCAAUGAGAGAGAUGUGGAAGAUACCGAAACCUUUGUCGACGUCUA